UCCAGCGGCUUGAGGAUGGGCCCCAAACCAAAAAAGUCUGGCAGUAAGAAGAUCACCAAGGCCGAGCGGCUGAGGCAGCAGCAGGAGGAGGAGGAGCGACGGCUGAAGGAGGAAGAGGAAGCCCGUGUGAAACAUGAAAAGGAAGAACUGGAAAGGCUUGAGACACAGCGAAUUGAGAAAGAAAAAUGGCAAAAACUUGAAGCAAAAGACCUGGAGAGGAGGAACAUGGAGCUGGAGGAGCUGACUCUGCUGGAGCUCUGCUUUCCCUAUGCAGAGAGGCUGAAACAAGAGGACAGAGCACUGGCUCAGUGGAAACACUACAUCCAGUGUGACGGGAGCCCCGACCCCUCAGUGGCCCCUGAGAUCAACACUUUCAUCAGCUUGUGGAAAGAGGAAACAAACGAGACAUUUGAGGAAGUGAUUGAGAAAAGUAAACUUGUGCUCAGUUUGAUUGAGACACUGAAGUUGGUCCUGAGGGAGACGCCGCCGUCUGACUUGUCAGAGAAGAAUGUAGCCCAGUACCAAGGCUCCAUCCUGGAACUGCAGGAGCUCCUCCAGCUCAAGUUCAACAUCGCCACAGAGAUCCUGCUCAGGCACGCCAGCACCUUGGCUGACCUGGACAGUGGGAACAUGGAGAAAAUCAUCCAGGAUGAGAAUGUCACUCUGUACGUGUGGGCGAACCUCAAGAAGAACCCCAGGUACAGGACCAUCAAGUUCUCGGACACGCAGAUCGGCUUUGAAAUCCCCAGGGUGUUAGCCACCAGCGACAUUGCACUGCGCCUCCUGCACACCUGCUAUGACCAUGUCUCCCCACUGCGCCCUGCACCAGCUGCCUCGCAGGAGAAGGCCCUGGAGGAGGAGCAGGACGUGGGGACAGCGGAGGCGGCCGGGCAGGCUCAGGAGGCCCUGGAAGAGGCACCUCAACUGCCCAACAAUGCAGACACCAGCGAGACGAGAACCCAGGAAGCUGGUGACCCCCAAGAAGAAGCGAUCGCCCUCGAGGACUCAGAAGCCCAGAAAAGUGAGCUGGGGCUGAAAUUGCUAAGUGCUGCAGUUCUGGAAGCGCAGCUGCUACUGCUGGAGAAUGUUCUGGAGAAGCCAAUGCUCUUCGAGGACAACGAGGUGGACCUGUGCCAGUUCAUGCCUCUGGGUGGAAUUUACCACCUGGACAUCCUGGAGCUGCCCCCGCAGUGCAGGCCCAUUAGGGGAUGGGUCAUGGUGCAAAUCCUCAAGGAAGGACUGCAGAAACAUUCGUACCCCCCGGACACCAUGGAGGACAGCAACGACGCAGAGAACAACUUCCCACCCAUCGAGGUCACGCUCAAGGUCCACCAGAACGUCAUCUUCUUCGAGGACCCGAUGGUUGCAAGGUGGGACGCUGAAGAUCAGCACUGGAAAACGGAUGGUAUCAGCAACGUGGUCUACGCCUCGAAGCAGAAGCUCAUCACCUUUAGCCUGGACACCCUGGGCCCCGUGACCCUGAUCCAGGAUGCCCACGUCCACAUGCCCUACCAGUCCUGGGAGCUGCAGCCACUGGAUGAGGACAAGGUGUUGCUGACUGUCACCACGGUGUUUGCUGAGAUGCAGAUACACAUCAAGGAAGAACUCUUCAUGCUGGCUGCUGUGAAGCUGGGGAACAAGGAGAGGGUCUCACUCCUCGAAGGGAAGUGGAUGACUCACAUUUCUUUCAUCACUGCCUUGAAAGAAGCCGGCCUGAACAUCUUCCCUUCCAACUACUCUCACUUCUACGUCAUCAUCAACAACAAGUUUGCCUCCGUUGAACUGAAAGCCUACCGUCAGAUGGCUCUGCUGAGUUCUGCAUUUGCCUAUGGCUGGAGCAAGUGGAAUCUGCUGUGUGACUCUCACAGAGUCGUCUUCAAGAGAAUAAUGAAAAAGCCACCAGGAGCAGUGGGUUCAUAGUACUGGUACUGAGCCCCAGCAAUACCCUAGAGGCAAAAAUUAAAGUGUCAUAUUCGGAAGGUGACCACCUCCAGGCCCAUGGUCUGAGCCAGUGGCAGCCUUAAGUGACCCUGACCCACUUGCUCCAGACCACCAGCACCAGUACAGCUGGCAUCUCCAGUUCUGAAGGCUGGUGGGUGUGUCAGCAGAAACAGGUAUCUUCCAAUUUGUUUUUUUCUUUUUACCAGAGCACUGCACCGCUCUGUCUUUAUGAUGGUGGGGUGUUAAACCUGGGAUUUGAGCAUCAGGCAUGAGAGUCUUUUGCAUAACCAUUGUGCUAUCUCCCCACUUUUUUUUUUUUUUUUUUUGCCACCAGGGUUAUUGCUUGGUGCCAGAACAACAAAUCCACUGCUCCCAACGGCUAUUUUUUUCCCUUUCUAUUGUAUUUGAUAGGACAAAGAAAUUGAGAGGGGAGCAGGAAAGAGACAGCUACAGACCUGCUUCGCCCCUUGUGAAGCUUCUUCCCUGUAGCUAGGGAGCAGGGCCUCAAACCCGGGUCCUUGCUCAUGGUAACGUGUGUGCUCAGCACCACCACCAGCCCAAAUGAGUGGCUUCCUGUGUGUCGUCUGUUAGAAUAGGAGCUCCCCUCUAGGACAGGACUCUGGUAUUGGUGGUUUUGCUCAGUCCCCAGCACCCAGGAUAGUACAUGACAGCUACUCACUGUUGCUGAAUGGACACAUCUGGAUAAGCUAUACCAUGACACACACAGCUC